CGGGGAAGAGCCAGUGUUGGGUGAACAGCCACGCGCUUCACGGCCUCUACACCCCUCUCGAGUUAUCUUUUUCAGCUUCCAAGUUGGGAAAUGCAGAUACUCCUUUUGAGACUAAUGCUAUUUUAGUGGUUUACACAAAAGUAAAUGAAGACCUUGAAGAGAUUGGCCGCACUGAAGUGAUAUUGAAUUCACUGGAACCAUUGUGGGUCACGAGAACCAUAAUAAAUUACAGAUUUGCGGUUGUGCAACCACUCACAUUCAGGAUAUAUGACAUUGCCAAAAAGCAUCUCAAUACACCAGUGAAGAUGUUGUGUUGGGGUGAUCAAUAUUUUCUAGGGGAAGCCAUCUGCAGUUUAUCCGAGGUACUGACAAGGCCAAAUCGGAGCCUAAAACUGAACCUCCGAAAUGAUUAUGGAGCUCCACUACAUAGCACAUUGACUGUUCAUGCUCAAGAAAAUGUUUCGUCAAGGAUGGCAGUUGAGAUGACAUUCCACUGCCUGAACCUGUAUAACAAGGGCACUGACUCAAAAAGUGAUCCCUUCCUGAGAAUCUCAAGGUUGUCAGAAAGUCCUACUGCAAUUCCUCUCUGUGAAACAGAAGUGGUCGAUAACAGUUUAAAACCUGUUUGGAGGCCUAUGGCACUGACAUCACAACAGUAUGGUAGCAAGGAUACCCCACUGCUAGUUGAGUGUUUAGAUUUUGAUGCCAAUGGAAAUCACAGAAUUAUUGGGACUCUCCAUACAACUGUCAGUGAGCUUGAAACACUGUAUAAGUCAAAAGCUGGAGCAGAUUUAUACAGCCAUAAGGGACAAAGGAAGCUCUUAAAAAGAAAGAAAGGAAAACUAUUCUUGGAUAAUUUCCAGGAAAAGGUAAAAUAUACUUUCUUGGACUAUAUAUCCUACGGUUUUGAGCUCAAGUUUAUGGUGGCUAUAGAUUUUACAGCAAAUAAUGGUAAUCCUGGUUCACAAUGGUCUUGGCACUACAUUGACCCCUCUGGCAGUCUAAACUUAUACCAGCAGGCAAUACAAGGGGUCGGCAAAGUUCUGCGGUCGUAUGGCAAUGGUAGCAAAAUUCAAGCAUUGGGUUUUGGUGCAUCUAUACAAGGCCAUCAUCUAUCACGCUGUUUCAACUUGGUCAGUGAGGAGGUAAGAUUCAUUAUGUACUUCGUUCAUUUACUUUAUAUCACUUUUGCAGAUGUGAUGCAUUUUUUGCAGCUGAUAGCACUUGUAUUUCUUAGACCGCCUUUUGAUGUUUACGGACUUGUAUUCCUAUCACAGCUCACAGGAGUUGCUGAGGCAUUUGCAGCUUAUGAAUCUACUCUAAAAUUGGUUUCCCUUGCGGGGCCAACCAUGUUUGGGCCCGUGAUCAACAAAGCUGCAGAAAUUGUCAGCCAUUCUGUGGAAAAUGGAAGUAAAACAUAUUCGGUCUUGCUCAUUAUUACGGCUGGAGAAUUUACUGACAAGCAAGAAACAGUAGAUUCUAUUGUGAGGGCAUCAGAGUUGCCCUUGUCUAUUAUCAUUGUGGGAAUAGGGGAUGCUGAUUUCACAGAAAUGAAGAUGCUAGAGGCGGGCUACGGUAAGCGGCUGGAAAGCUCAACAGGUCAUGUCGCGAGCCGGAACAUUGUACAGUUUGCUCGCAUGAAGAAAAAUAGGUCAGCAGCAAAGGUUCUCCAAGGUCUGCUGGAUAAGCUACCUGGGCAGCUCGUGGAGUACAUAUCCUGCCCCCGCCUGGUGGAUUGCCACACAUUAGACAAACUUGGGCUAGCAAUUGGAAAAACCGAGAGAUGUUUUGCCGCCAACCAUUUGGGUGUGUUUGGCAGCAAAUUAUUGUAAAAACCAAAGUAUUGAAAAAACAACAGUAUUUUAGCAUGAUUGUAUCCACUGUUAGCAGAUAUACCAUGGUUUACACACAUCAAAGUGUUUUGGAGACUCCUACUGCUUAGCAGCCUCCAAACUCCUGGAGUAACAAGGUUGGUAAGUACAAGUAGGGGGGUCACAAAUUCCUCUUUGAAUCAUCAAAGUUUGGGCGAGAUUUGUUGGAGGAAUCAAUGGGGUGU